ACGUCCAGGUGCGGUGUGACAGAGAGGAAGAGGAGGGAGAGUCGGAUGAAGAAAAAGGGGGAGGAGUUUCCUUGUUCCGUUUCCUCGCUGACUUUGUGACUUUUCUCUCUUCUUUGUUGAAGUUGUUUGACAAGCUUUAAAAUCAUAAAAAUGUACCGGAACUUCGUAGGGCUGCUCGCCCGGGGGACGAGCGGCUGGCCGGGCGCCGUGGACUCGGUUCUCCCGGCGGCGGCGGCGGCGGCGUCGUCUCGGCUGCGGUACCGAGACUACUCCCAGGCCGUGGACCGGGACGACGACCCUAACUUCUUCACUAUGGUGGAGGGUUUCUUCGACCGCGGCGCCGCUAUCGUUGAGGACAAGCUAGUGGAAGACCUGAAGACUCGGGAGAGUGACGAGAAUAAACGGAAGAGGGUCCGUGGGAUCCUGCGGAUCAUCAAGCCGUGUAACCACGUCUUGAGUGUCAGUUUCCCCAUAAAGAGAGACAACGGAGAGUGGGAGGUGGUGGAGGGCUGCCGGGCUCAGCACAGCCAGCACAGGACACCCUGCAAAGGAGGGAUCCGAUACAGCAUGGAUGUGUCUGUGGACGAGGUCAAAGCACUGGCGUCGUUGAUGACGUACAAAUGCGCCGUGGUUGAUGUUCCCUUUGGCGGCGCCAAGGCUGGCGUGAAGAUCAAUCCCAAGAACUAUUCAGACAACGAGUUGGAGAAGAUCACCAGGAGGUUCACUUUGGAGCUUGCCAAGAAAGGUUUCAUCGGACCCGGGAUAGACGUCCCUGCUCCAGACAUGAGUACCGGAGAGAGGGAAAUGUCCUGGAUCGCCGACACCUUCGCCACCACCAUGGGACACUACGACAUCAACGCUCACGCUUGUGUCACCGGGAAGCCCAUCAGCCAGGGAGGGAUCCACGGUCGGAUUUCCGCCACAGGACGAGGAGUUUUCCACGGCAUCGAGAACUUUGUCAAUGAAGCGGCAUAUAUGAGCAAGCUGGGAAUCUGCCCCGGCUUCCAGGACAAGACCUUCGUCAUCCAGGGUUUUGGUAACGUGGGCCUACACUCUAUGAGAUACCUUCAUCGCUUUGGGGCAAAGUGCAUUGGAGUCGGAGAAGUUGACGGAAGCAUCUGGAACCCGGAAGGCAUCGAUCCCAAAGAGCUGGAGGACUACAAACUGGCCAACGGGACCGUGGUGGGCUUCCCGAAGUCCACGCCGUAUGAGGGAAGCAUCCUGGAGGCCGACUGUGACAUCCUGAUUCCCGCUGCCAGCGAGAAGCAGCUGACCAAAGGCAACGCCCACAAGAUCAAAGCCAAGAUCAUCGCAGAGGGAGCCAACGGACCGACCACGCCUGAGGCCGACCGCAUCUUCCUGGACAGGAAUAUCUUAGUCAUCCCGGACAUGUACCUGAACGCCGGGGGUGUGACCGUGUCCUAUUUUGAGUGGCUGAAAAAUCUCAACCACGUCAGUUACGGCCGACUGACGUUCAAAUACGAGCGGGACUCCAACUACCACCUGCUGAUGUCGGUCCAGGAAAGUCUGGAGAGGAAGUUCGGGAAACAUGGCGGCGCCAUUCCGAUCGUUCCCACAUCGGAGUUCCAAGCGAGAAUCUCUGGGGCAUCUGAGAAGGACAUCGUUCACUCGGGCUUGGCCUUCACCAUGGAACGCUCAGCCAGGCAAAUCAUGAGAACAGCCAACAAGUACCAGCUGGGCUUGGACCUGCGCACCGCCGCCUACGUCAACGCCAUCGAGAAAGUCUUUAAAGUUUACAGCGAGGCGGGACUCAUCUUCACGUAGCUGUCCGCCCGACUUGGCUUUACGUGUGUGUGUGCGCGCGUGUGUGGAAUGAAAAUUGUUUUGUUUUUUAAAAAGUCUUAAAAACACCAAAAAGGGACAAAAGCAAAGUUAUUAUUAUUGGAUAGGAUCAUAUAAUAUUAAUAUGACUUCCAUAAAUAUAUUUUUCAUGUCUUUUUCAAGGAGAAGUUGUAAUCGUGCUCUCUCUCAUGUCAAUCAUUUCCCCUCCACCAGCCCAGUCAAACAGUUUACUUUUGUACACACACAAUCAUUUACUGGUUUGUGUAAAUGUGUAUGUAUGCAUGUGUAUACACACACACACACACAUAUAUUUCUCCGAAAUAAAAGACUGACGCUUUGUGCGUUUGUGUUUCUAGAAGUUGACUUCUAGCUUAAUGCGAUCCAUUGUGGCGACUCCAUAAUCAGGAAAAAGCCGAAAGAAACAAACAAAAGUCAUUGCAACAAUCUGGCGCCCCCUUGUGGCUAUUUACUUUGAUACACAAUCAUUAAUUUCUUCGCUGGUUUAUAUAAACAUAUACAAUAAUUCAUCUAUUUACUGCUUAACAUAUCACAGUUUAAAUAAAGCUAUGAAACACGA